AAAACAGCAAUGGGCUGUAAAUGACCUCCCGGGCCACAUAUUGGACAACCCUGGGCUACAUAAAUUCCAAGUAUAUUUAUGGUGAUUUAGAAGACAAACAAACAUGAAACCAUGCCAUACAAUGUAGUGAAAAUAAGAAAGUGAAAGUGACUGAAAGAGAAUAAUACAUAUACAUAAAGUGUAAAAGGUAUAGUUUUAAUAUGAGAGAGGUAAAAUACUCCAAACUUCCACCAAGAGUAUGAAAGCAUGUGUUUGUAAUAGUGGAGUGUUCCUAAUGAAGUGUCCUGUGCAGUAAUCCUAGUGAUGAUGGUGAUGAUAUCGUUGGGAAUAAGCAGCAGCAGCACCGUGACACUCCUUAUUUUGAACACAUGCACGUCGAUAGAAAACCCACCUGCGAUAGGUAUCAUGGAUGCUCCUUUCUUCUGCACAACCAUCAUCCAUCACUAUCGCAUCCGUGCUGUCUCCUUUAGUCGAGUCAGCCUCCAUCUCCUGCUCCUUUACAUCCAGUUACCGAUGCAUAAAAAAAACACCGCUUUGAUCAAAAGGUCCCCGUUUUGCUGCUGUGCCAGACAGGCUUGUUUGUGGCUCUACUAUACGGAGCAUCACCGGGGCUCUGCGGGUUAAUCUGCCCGGAGCUGACCGCUGAUUGGCGGAGACUCGAUGAUGCUGAAAAGGCUGCCUGGUUCUGUCCAUCAGUACGCCGGUACUGGCGCGCCCAUGGCGGAUACAAUGCAACACAUCGGUCCGAGAGGAAUCGGAGAAAAUAAUACGCAGCUUCCGCGUUGAUGGAGGAUGCUACAGUAACAUAAUAACCUAAUUGAUGAUGACGUCACUGGACAUAAUAUCGGGUACAGUUGCUCAAUACGAAACAUAUUGUGAUGGUUGUCCAAACUUUCUCUGAAAAUCAAAAUGAUGCGUGGACCACUUUGAUUUUUUUAAUGUAUUUUAUUUUGUAAAAAGUCUUAACAUAUUUACAGUAGAAAACAGACGCAUGCGCAUAGCAACGUACUGAGGCCUGCAAAACAUGAAUUCAUUUAUUGAUUAUCGUCCCUGGCCUCGUGCCACGAGACAGUUUUUCCUCUCAGUGAGAACGCUUGUAACGUUUUAAUCUCGCGAGAUCAUGUGACAAACAUUGUGACACCCCUAACAGGAAAUGCAUUAUUAUCCACUUUGUGACUGUCAGAGAGGUAUGCUAAUUUUGGGGAUUUUUCAAAAUAUGCACACAAUCAUUUUGGGAAUAACAAUUGUUGCUUUUCGUGUUACUUGCUGGAAAAUGUUUUGAGCGCCUUCUGUUUUGCUUCGAUCACACUAGCAAAGAAAAAAAAUUAGGCAGUUUUUAAUGAAACAUUAGUGGUUUUAAAACUGGGGGGCACGCCCCCUAGUGGGAACACGGGGUUACCAUAUGGUGUCCAAUCAUUCAUUUUCUACCUGUGUCCUUCUGUUUUUGUUUUGCUGUUUAUGAUGAUUGUAUCUUUACUAUGAUUGGUAAUAUGGUUAGGUAUGAAUGUGAGUGUGAAUGGUUGUUUGUCUAUAUGUGCCCUGUGAUUGGCUGGCGACCAGUCCAGUGUGUACCGCGCCUCUCGCCUGAAGACAGCUGGGAUAGGCUCAUGCAUACCCAUGACCCUUGUGAGGAUAAGCGGUAGAAAAUGAAUGAAUGAAUGUUUUUGGGUGGCAUGUGGCUUUAAAAGAAAAGUGUGAGACAGCAACAGAACCCCCUGAUGCAUGCAAGCGGGCGCUAAUGAGGUGGCUGGCAGGAUGUUGGUCUGGUUCUAAAUAUGAAUCAUGGCACUGGGCCGUCACAACCACUAACAAGAGUGGGAACAGUAAAGGAAGCAGAGAUCAAAGUCUCGUUAGAACGAAACAGGGGUUCUCUUAUAGGUUCUCUUAUUGGCCUCAUUUCUAAAUAUUAUAUAUAUCUUUUUAAUGUUUUGUUUUUUUACAAUCUACAUAUACUGACGCUUGGAGACCAUAGUCUACUCACCUUGAUAAAGUUAGUGUUGUUUGCUCCUGAAACAUAGCUAAUGUCUUGUUGACCUCAGACACUCAUUAACUUAUCACCACACACACACACACACACACGUUGUGGUCAUUUGCAUGUGGCACUAAAACAAACAGUGUGAUGAGCUGUGAAAACAAAUGGGAACAAUGCGGCCAUUAAUAAAUGACAUUAGAAUGAAUUAGUAGUGAGAAGAUGUCGUUAGGGAAAUAAUGCUCAAAAUGAAUAAUAAUGUGCUGGCAACACCAUGGAUACAAAUAAUAUAAACACAUAAUACUGUUCUCCAAGGUUGAGGCAAGCUUAACCCUGUGAGGAAGCAGAAGGCUUGAGAAGAUUGAGAAAAAUAAAGACAAAAUGUAUGAAAUUAUUUAGUUUAAUAAGUUUUAACACCACUGCAUUCGUGUGUACGUGUACCUAAUGUUGUGACCAUACUUUUGAGGACAAGACGAGCUCUGUUGCCCUCUGUUGGUCAAAUUGAGAAAUGUAGCAAUUUUUUAAUUCCGACAAAGUUUUGCUAACAAGUGGCUGCCCGGCUAAAAUUUAAUCCGAAUUCCAGAAGAUUUAAUCUGAAUAAUAUUUUAAAAAUAAAAUUAAAAAAAAAAUUUUGUUUGUCAUUAACAGCACUUUAUUGUGAGGGCACGUGUGUGUUUCCAUGUUGCUAAGUGAUUGAACAUAUUUUCCAUUUGAAAAGGUAGAUGAUGACGUGAGGCCUCCUGCAGGCUCUGCUAGCUGGGUGUAAAGUUACAUGUGGGCAGGACACACCUCCAGAGGGAGUUCCCUCCCAGCAAGGAUCUGCUGAAAGUCUUCUUCUUCACACUCCUCCACUACCGUCCACAGUGGAGCUUUUGUACGUGAGCGUGGACAAUGUCCUCCACCGUGGGCAAGUCUUUACGCGCGGCUGCCCUGCUGUCUUUCGUGGUGUUGUCCAUUCUGGUGUCGCUCCUCAUUAGCAGCGUGCACCACUUUGGAGCCAACAUGUCCAAACCUUCCAGCUGCGGUGAAGGUGAUGACUAUGACGAAGAGCUGGCGUUGAACUACCAACUCAUGCAAAGACGCCAAGAAAUCAUUCCUUUGAUUUUUCGACCAGAAGACAAAAAGAGCAUUUUCCCAGCACAUGGAUCUAGCUGGGAUUUGAACAUGUGGAGGGAGAUCACGCGUGGUUCCGGGUACCCAAUGGGCUGUGGAGCUCUGCAGGACAUGCAGGCGGUGGAGGUGCUGGGUUCUGGAUACACCAAGCUGGUGGUGAAAGUGACUCUGGCGGGAGGAGAGGCCGUGGCCCUCAAGAUGGUCAACGAGCAAGGCAUUGACAUGGGCAAGUGCGUGGAGGACUUUAAAGACCCUCAUGGCUGCCGACAGCUGGUCUCCUACAAGCUCAGCAAGGAAGUUGCCCUCUUGCACAGACUGCAGCAUCCAAACGUCAUCAAGUUCAAAGGUCACUGCGUGGGAGAAGCAGCGGGAAAAGUUACUGUCAUUCUGGAACAAGGGAACCCUCUCCAGAUGAUCCAGCUGCUGCAGAGCCCCUGGGAGGACCGCUUCAGGGUGUGUCUGGACCUGGUCCGCCUUAUUCACUUCCUGUCUCAAUCUCCUCUGGGUUCCGUGGCUCUGCUGGACUUUCAACCCCGUCAGUUUGUCAUGGUGUCAGGCGAGCUAAAACUCACCGAUCUCGAUGAUGCCAGCGCAGCCGAAACCACCUGCCGGUCCGAUGCCGACUGCUCCCUCCAGUUUCCACACCGAAAUUUCACCCUGAGCUGCUCGUCUCGCGGCGUAUGUGAGGGCUUGAAUGAGAAGAUGAACAUUUACAAUGCCUACAGGUAUUUUUUCACCUAUUUGCUGCCUCACCAGGCCCCACCCGGCCUCACACACCUGGUGGACCACAUCAUGAAUGCCACAGGUGAACUGAAAGCCAACAUGAAUGAGACUCUGGAGACAUUUGAACAUAUCCUGCACCUCUACCAGUCUGGCCUGCACCUGGACAACAUGCCUCCAUCUUUACUGGCAGAUUACAGCGUGAUGUCAAACAUGACGACGUCAGGGAACGCGGAGUAUCGCUGCUGGCCGUCCUACAGUCAACAUGGCUGUGUGCUGUCUGUGCACAGUGCACGAGAGGCAGCGUACAUCUGUAACUCCCACUCACAAUGCAGCAGCUUCACUCUGAGUGGACAAAAGACAUGGACAGGUCGCCUCCUGGCCUCUUUCAGGAGCAGCUUCAGUCAGCUGGUACCUGAGCAAACAUCUGAGGUGUAUGUGAAGAAAAGCAAAGCCCUUGAAACUCCUGCCUUAUAAACAUAAGGCACAAACCAAACUGCCCUCCAGUUAAGGUUGGGACUUAUAAUUUUAGGGUUUUGAGAGAUAAAAACCUCCCGGCGAUGUGAAGCAAAGCAACGUGUUGCGCUUAAAAAGAGUCCUGCGGCGUCCUGCGCUCCAUGUUGAACGGCGCCAGGCUUAGCGGGAGGAAAGUCGAGGCUCCUCUGAGCAGUGAGGCAAGUGAAUGUGAUGUAUUUAUAGAGCUUCUGCUCAGUGACUGUUUGAUGUCUCUGCCAGCUAACUGCCUCUGCCAACUGCUAUUUAAAGGGAUUUCCCUUCAGGUACAAUUAAGGAGGGAGAACCUUGAGCUUUUAUUUCACUUUUUUAAGUGUUUCUACCUUGAUUUUAUUUGCUGCUUAUUGUUGUGAAGCCAGCUCCCCUGUGGUAGGAUUUUUUUUUAAGGCGAGGAGGUAAUAAGUAGAGCCGCAGCAGCUUAGUGUUUGAUGCCUUAGGACAGGGAAAGAAAACAAGCUCUUCCAAAAAUACACGCUCAUGUUGAUGUUCUGAGCUAAAAGACCUUUACAGGGCAGUUAUUAACUGAUAAUAACAACCAUUUGUUUCAAAGACAAUGGAUGAGGACCACAUAUCCACGGAUGUUUUUGAAAACGUAUAUUUUCCUACCUAAAGAAUCUUCCACAGGAAAGCACAUUUUGCUCAAUCAGACAUCAGCUGACUUGGUUGUGAAUAGCCAUGCCUCUGUACUGGAUGUAGUAGAUUAUAUUUCAAAUCAAUGUUCUUUUAUACAGCAACAUGCAUGAAUAUUAUCAUUCAUGUGUGCCAUAAUUGCACUUGCAUCAGUUUUUUUGCACAAAAUCCCAUGUAUGACGCUAACAAGCUUUCCAAAAAUAUGCAAUUUUGUAAAUAUCCAUGUGUGUGUCCAGUACAGUAUGUGGUCUGAGUUGUAGUUUUCAAAUAUUGUAAUUGUUUAAAUGGUAGCGUGUCCACAAAUGUCCUUAUAAUGCUUCUCCAAUGAAGUGCACAUUUAUCUAAGGAGUUCUAUUACUUAAAUGCAUCAACACACCCAAUUCUAAACCAUUAUAGAGUGGAACUACGGGUUUUGUUCCAAAAAGUCUGAUGAAAACCUAAAUGUAUGCACUUGCAACUGUCUUUGGCCACAUGGUGGGUUAUUUGGCAAUGGAAUGCUCUGUUAAAGCACUCCAUUCUGUGAAAUUAUAUGCCGGAAAAUGAACUACACAAUGUUUGGCUGUAGGAAAACAGACACAGUGUUCAAAAACUGGUCCAAAAUUACGCCAAAAACUCAGUAAGAUGAAAACUAGGGCCGAAACUGAGGUUUGACUGUAAAUGCUAAUUGUAUUUAAAAUGCUGUAAAUUCAUCCAUCUGUGGGUGCCUCAUAUUUGGAAUGAUAUUGUCAAAAUUCGUUAUUUUAACAGUUACAGUCGCGCCCCGAUUACAUCACAAUUAAAACUCCCUCACUCGAUCGCGGCUUUUCUUGCUGUAUGCUAAGAGCGGCGGUCGUCUCUUAAGCCCCUGUAGUGAUACCAUAGCCUGCACAUGAGUGUUGCAAUGUAGUGUAAACAAAGAAUAACACAUGCAAAGGGGACAAUAUGGGUGUUAUUUCAUCUUCUAAUAAUGGUAAAAAAACUAUUUACACAAAGCUCAGGUAAUAACCCCAAACUUUCCUGCAAGAACCUGAUAUUCUUGUGUUUCUGUACAAAUAAUGGCCUGGCAUGCAUAUUACUGCCUUUUUUUUGCAGCUCUAUACAAAUGGGGUUCUGUGUUGUUGUUUUCAUGGCUGCCUAGCAAAAAGUGUACUUUGGGGUUUUUGCUUGUCCUUAGAAAAAUCAUCUUUAUUUUGUCUACUUUUAUACGUGAAUGAAGAAUGUGAAUGUGAAUGCUCAGUAAUGCAUAUUUAGCGGUGCAAUGAAUGUACACUUUGCUGGACAAGCGCUACGUAAUUCCACAACAUUCCGACAUUGUUGUUUUGACUGUGACUAUGUUUUGACUCCAUUUACCAUGACGAGAGUGUUUUUUUGCGUUAAGAUCGGAACAUGCAAGGCAAUCAUUUUGUAAAACGUCUACUUUGAGACUUCUGUUCGGAUGUGUGUGAAGUGGAUCUGUCUAUAUUUAUUCCUAUUCCGCUACUUUUCUCGCUUUUUUGGGUGAAAACUCACCAAAGUAUGCAAGCACGUCAGGUUUUCGAACACUCAUUUAGCGCCCCCUAUUAAUUGUGUAAAAAUGAUCUCGUACCACUAGUUGGCGACAUCCGUCAUGACACGAUGCGGCCAGAAGCCUCAAGAACCAGUUUUCGCAAGCAAACAGGAAGAUAGACAUUUUUAUAUUUUUAUAUUUUGACAAACUCUUCCUCGGAACUUUUGCUAAAUGAGCCCAAAUUAAAAUCAUGUGUACUCGACAGAUGGAUGAUGACAAAUUCUAAAGCAUUUUUGCCAACAUCAUAGAACGUGAGAAAGGGAGGUCAUGGUGACAAAUUUUCACCACAUCAAUAACUCAAAUUCACAAGGUCAGAUCUUCACAUAAUUAGUGUGCUUGAUGAAGAUAACACCCUGAAUUUAUGCAUUGGUCACUUCCUGAAUUAGUCACAACGCCACCCAGUGGCAACAGGAAAUGACAAAGUUGACUUACUAGCCAGAACCCAGGGGGCCUAAAUAAAUUACUCCUGUCAUACAAAUAAGCAGUCUAAAACUACGCCUUAAAAAGGUCAAACAUAACUAAAACCAUUCCAGUUUGUUUUGUGUACCUUUUUGUAAAUGAAUUUAAUUGGUAUCAUGAUCAAAUGUAAUUGUUCUUAAGUGCACCUUGUGGGUGAAAGCAAUAUUUUUCAAUGAAAAAAUGUUUUUUUUUACACUAUGCCAAUUGUAU